AUGAAUCGCAGGAGAAGAGCCGACUCGGCCGCAUCGAAAGAUCUCUUGAGCAGGCAGUUGGCGAGCAUCACGGACACGCUUGCUAAAGCAUCUCAGCGGCGUGAUGCGGAGCUCAAGAAGGUGCAAUGCUCUGCUGGAGUAUCCCCAGCGACAGCAGGUCCAGCCUCUGUCUCUGAGCCAGCCGUGCCUGUCAACAAGCCGGAUCAGACUCAUCCUACACCAGCAGCCGCGCAGCUAGAUGCCACAGCUGCUACCGCCAGUGACCUGUGCGCAAGAAAGCACGCAACUGGAAAAGCAACAAACUUCGAUGCGCAUGCUGCCACCGUGCACACAUAUGGCACCUCAGACGUUGGAGACGAUGCCAGGGCUGAUCUCGGUGAACCGGAAAGUCUGAGAGAUGUCGCAUACAUGUCGGACAGCCAAAGUAAUGAUGAUGGUGAUGGCGAUAUUGAACAAAUGCUGGUCGAGCUCGACAAGUCAGCAUCGCCCCCACUUACGAUUGCAGUUGGGCCUACAGAUGACGAUCCACAACAAAUGCUUGCAGAACUCGCAGCGUUGCCAGCAACUGAUCGCCGAGAAGUCAGCUCGCUCACCAACGAAGACGACGAUGGUGACGACGAUGAUGAUGAUGAUGAUGAUGAUGACGAUAUCAACGUACUCCGCAUGAGGCUUGAGGACCUGCGGUCGGAACUCAAUAUCCCUCUACAGAUGGCUUCUCGCAACCCCACUCACGUCGAUAAGACAACCGGUCACUAUGAACAAGAAGAGACAAUAGGAAGACUCAACACUCGUAUCGACCCAGAGGUCAUACCAUACGUUAUUGCUUUAGAGCUGGAACACUCGUGUCACGCACAAGGUUGGACAACAUAUCAGUACAGCUCCAGUCUGGAUGGCUACGAGGCCUGCAAAGACAAGGAGAUUGCAGUAGCACGUGCAGAAGACGCGCUGAAGAAUAUUGUUUACAGUGUCCUGGAGCUCGAGGAAGGCUUUCGUCGUAAGGAAGAAGAGAUGAAGCUUUACAGGCGCCUUGUGGUCUCCAAUUUGGCGGCCGGCGCAGAUGUGCAAGAACUGGAGCUUCUUUUCUGCAAGCAACGUCUCGACAUUGUCAACAUUGCCCUCCUGCCGGACAGGGAUCCGCUGAGGCGUACUCAGACUGCUCACAUCAACAUGUCUAGCAGAAAAGCUGCUAUUCAGGCUUCAUACAUGACUGGCCAAGUGUACGGGCUGAUAGUCCAUGUCAGAUUGGCUGUGGAGCAGGGUGUUUGA